AUGGAUACCAACGACCUUCGAAAGCGCCUGAAGGAAUGUGUUGACGCCAAGAUCCCAAUCUAUGGCGUGGUAGCCAUCAUCGGCUCUACUGAGCACGGUGCCUGCGACCCCGUGGCUGAGAUUGUCAAGAUUCGUGACGAGUUUGAAAGGAACGAAGGCGUCUCCUUCGCCAUUCACUGCGAUGCCGCCUGGGGAGGCUAUUUUGCUGCCACGCUCAGGGAGCGGGGGGACCAAGACGGUUUCCUUCCGUAUGUACCCGCUAUGCCCUUGCAGCCAUAUACUGUGAAGCAGCUUCGGAACCUCCGCCACGCCGAGAGCAUCACUAUCGACCCGCACAAGUGA